GGCAACAUCAACUGUUGUGCUCCGAUUGAAAAUAAAAGAUUUAAAUUAGUUCAACCUAUUUACUGUUGUUCAGUGACAAACAAUCGGUGAUGGAGAAGGUUAUAAUUGUUGUUAUAUUUCUGGUUACACUGAAUUUAUUGUGUCAAGCUUGUGAUGAUGGUCCAUGCCAGAUUCCUAUAAAGCAUUACUCCGAAAUUGGUUGUAAACCGAUCCACGAGGAAGGUCGUGGCUGCCCAACAAGAUAUGAAUGUCCAUCGUUCGCGGAUCGCGAUAACCGGAAGUGCUACUUCAACGGAAACAUUUACGAGCCUGAGAGCAGUUUAUCUAAAUUUGACGAAGGACUUUCCCCUUGCUAUGCUGGUUGUAUUUGCGUUAACCUGAACCACUUUUCAUCCUUCAUCUGUGCUUCGUUCUCAUGUCCGGAAGUUACGGCACGAGGGACAGACUGUAUCUUUAAGUACUCACCUUUCGAAUGCUGCCCCACUGAAAAGGUUUGCGGUGAUGAGACAAAAAAGCUCACCGAGUGUUAUUUGGAAGGAACACGUUAUCUGGAAGGCGAGAUGAUGUAUCCACGGGAAGAAUCGUGCUACAAGUGCAGUUGCCAGAAAGGAUUCGACAACAGUACCAUAAGAGGGAAUCCAAAUUGCUACGAGCUGAACUGUGGCAUCGAGUUGUUGAAUUUGGAGCAGCUAAUGAACGGCUGCAGUCCGGUGUUCUAUGGAACACGUGGAUGUUGUCCAAUUUGGUGGAGAUGUCCGAGUGAUGAGGAUACGGUAAUCCAUGAAGAACAACCAGAGAAUGCAAAUGAAAUCAAUCCGAAGCUGCAAUGCAAAUUUGGAAAUCUAACUCUUAACGUUGGGGACUAUGUGUCAUCCGAUCGAACGAAUGUUUCCUGUAAGUGCUCUAUACCUCCGAUGGUUCACUGUGUGCAGAAUAAGUAGGAAUGCUUCUCGGACAUAACUGUGUUACAAAUAUAAAUAAAAUUUGAUUGAAGUGUAUCAAUUGAUUUUUUUAUUUGUUAUUUUUAUAUAGUUUCAUUUAAAUAUAGUUUAAUC